UUUCCAAGCUUUGAAACUUCAUAACUUCCACAGACGCACAGUUACUCCGCAAAUCUGAUCACCCACAAGUCACAGGAACAGUAAAAGAUCACGUGGUGUCGUCCGUCGUCUAACUGCGCAUGUCCGCGGAUGUGUUUUGUAUUUUCAAUGUGAACGUGGGCGUAUUCGCGCUACUAGCGCCGCUUCCCACUGCAGCAGCUGCAGCUUCUGUAACUCAGUCCCCCUGCCGACAUGGCGGCUGCUGCCCCGAACCCAGACGACGCGAACCGCAACAGCGGCGGUGGCGGAGGAAACGGCAACGGCGCGACGAGCUCUCUCCCGGCGGACGGGGACUCGGAGGAGGCCGAGGGCUUCUCCUCCGUCUCCCACUGCUCGGAGCUGUCCCGGCGGCAGAACGAGCAGAGGAAGCGGGGCUUGUUCUGUGACGUGACGCUGGCCUUCAGCGGCUCCUCCGGCGGCGGGGCGGCGGCCUCCCCCGGGGGCUCCCGGAGCCGCGAGUUCUCGGCGCACCGCUCCGUCCUGGCGGCCGCCACCGACUAUUUCACGCCGCUGCUCGGCGGACAAUACGCGGAGUCCCUGUCGGGCCGGGUGGAGAUGAAGGAGUGGAGCUCGGAGACGGGGCCCGACCCGGACACGGUGGAGAGCGUCAUCCAGUACAUGUACACGGGGGAGAUUCGCGUCAGCGCGUGCAACGUGCACGAGGUGCUGGAGCUCGCGGACAGGUUCCUGCUGGGACAGCUGAAGGAUUUCUGUGGCGAGUUCCUGAAGAAGAAGCUCAACUUGACCAACUGCGUGGCCGUUCACAGCCUGGCCCACAUGUACACGCUGGACCAGCUGGCGUUGCGCGCCGCCGACAUGAUCCGUCGCAACUUCCACAAGGUCAUCCAGGACGAGGAGUUCUACACGCUGCCCUUCCACCUGGUGCGGGACUGGCUCUCCGAUGCGGAGAUCACCGUGGACUCGGAGGAGGUGCUCUUCGAGGCCAUCGUCAAGUGGGUGCAGCGGACCCCGGAAGAGCGAGAGAAGCACUUUGAAGAGCUUUUCCGUCUUCUCAGGCUUCCGCAGAUCAAGCCCACAUACCUCACGCGGGUGGUCAAGUCCGAACGACUGGUGGCCGAGAGGGAAAGCUGCCGGAGGCUUGUUGCUGAGGCAGUGGAGGGGCAUGCCCUCCGCUUUGAGAGCCACAAGUCAGCAGAUAUGGAGUUCUGGACUUCUUACGUGGCCUCCUUUCAGCCACGUUUUGGCCAAAACAUGGAUGUGAUCAUGGUGGUGGGCGGGGUGUCGGAAGGGGGUGAUUACCUGAGUGAGUGUGUGGGAUACUUCAUACAAGAGGACCGCUGGGUCAACCUCCCCCACAUCCAUAACCACCUAGAUGGACACGCUAUUGCCACCACGGAGUCUCACGUCUACGUGGCCGGGUCCAUGGAGCCCGGCUUCGCCAAGACGAUGGAGCGCUACAACCCAAACCGCAACACCUGGGAGCAGGUGUGCAACUUGACAACACGCAAGCACUCGUUCGGCCUCACCUGCAUCAAAGAGAUCCUGUACAGCAUCGGUGGCCACGGGAACUUCAGCCCCGGUUUUAAGGACGUGAGUGUAUACGAGCCGGAGCAGGACACGUGGCACAACCUGGAAUCAGCUCCCAGAAUCCUGCGGGAUGUGAAGGUGCUCAGCGUGGAGGACCGCUAUGUAUACGUGACAGCCCGUACUCCGGUGGACACGGAUAGUGAUGACGGGCUGAAGACCAUCACGACGUGCUACGACACAGAGAGCCGGCAGUGGACAGACAUGGACUCCUUGCCUCUCAUGGACAACUACUGCAUCUUCCAGAAGGCAGUGGCCUCCACCAACUUCUAUCACACCGCUUCCUGCUGCCCCAAGAGCUACGCGGUGCGCGACGAGGCCGCCCGGCAGAAGAUUAACGGCCGUGCUUCGGACGAGAUCCUCGAGAGCCUGCCGCCAGAAGUCCUCAGCAUCGAAGGUGCUGCCAUCUGCCACUUCGGCGAGGAUGUCUUCAUCAUCGGCGGCUGGAAAAACAGCGACGAUGUGGACAAGCAGUACCGCAAGGAGGCCUACCGCUACUGUGCCGAGCGCAAGCGCUGGACCCUGCUGCCGCCCAUGCCCCAGCCGCGCUGCCGCGCCACCGCCUGUCACAUCCGCAUCCCCUACCGCUUCCUUUACGGUUGCCAGCGCUACCCCAUGCCGCAGAACUUGGCUCGCCAACGGGACCGUAUGCAGCAGAUGCAGCAAUUGCACCGGCGUACCCUCACGCUCCGCCGACAGCUGCAGUCGCAGAUCGAGUGUUGAGCUUCAUCCUCCCAGUCUCUAGGGGGUGCUGUGCUGCGCUGCAUGAGAAAGGCGUCAUUUUUAUGUUGCCUAAAUUGCCGAUGCAUAUUUCAUGUUGUUUUGAUACAUGCAUAGGUAAAGCCUUUGUUCAUAUAGACUGAAAUGAUUAUUCACACAAAUGAACAAUUGUACUGUAUUUUAUGCACAAAGCAGUUUAUUUUGUUUGUAUGUGUAUAUUUAUGUAUUUCACACUGUUGUUGUAUCCAUUUCAUGUUUAAAAAAAGGUCAUUGUUAGAAUGCAUAUCGAAAUAAGCUUUAAGUGUCACAGGAGGCCGGUGAAAAGGCCAACUUCUAUUUCUAGGCUGUGAAAUCUGUGAACUGACAUUCCUUUUAAAAUUAAUUUUUUUGACAGUGUGCUAAUAUUAGCUGUUGCCUUGACAGAGCUUAUCAGUAUUUACUACAGAUGGGAGUGAAAAGCUCUUUGAGUUUGUUGGGGGUGUUUAUGAACAAUGGAGCAUGGCCUGAUUUUAAAAGAGGAAUCUGUUUCCUGUGCUGUGUCUUAACGGAAGGCAGCUCUUUGUUGAAUUUGUGAAAGGACAGAAUACAUAAUAUUUUGUUCCUCUCUUGUUUGCACUUAAAAUGUGUCUUAUGGGACUGAUGUAAUGUUUGACAUUGAUGAUGGCAAGGGAUAGUGUUCUAAUUUGCACUGUAGAGAAAGGCAAAUGAAAGCACGUGGAUGGGUGAUGUUUUCUUCUUUUCAGUCACCCUCAGUCAUGAACAAUCAGCUGCCACACAGGCGAGCGUUUCUGGAACAGGAGGAGUCAUGAAAUGUGUUCAGAAAAUUUGUCAUCCUCCAUCAAAAACAUGUUUCAGUAAGAGUCCUAAUAGAAAGUAACCUACGUGAACAUUCCGCAGUAGCCUUUUUGUAAACGCAGGACAUUAGUACAUUGUGAUUUUGUGCCAAAUGCGCUUGUGUUCUGUGAUUUACACUGCCGUUUAUCCAUUUUAAGGCGGGAGUUUGCUGGCCCAACGGGGGCAAGAAGGCUAGGUCAGGUAAAGCUGCAGGUUGUGGCCUCUUGGAGGGUCUUGUGUAAAAUGACCAAAUCCUUGCAGUACAUUCCUGUACCCCACAAGCUCCUGGGACACUUUGCCAAUGUAAGAUAUGCUCCUCUUAGUAAAUUUGUGGACUAGCUCUCAUGGCGAUUGACCUCCACUCUACCUCACUUUGUGCACAGGAUAGAAUUGCAGCAAUACCCUCAAAAUAAGUGUGCGCUCUCCCUUGUUGAGUGCACACACAAGCAUCUGCAGUUUGACACCACUAAAGGACUAAUGGAAAAAUCCUAGGCGUUAAACCGUUCCCCUAACCAUGGGCCGGAAGAUGAGUUUCCUGAGUCUAGGUCUUUUACAUGGAUGAUGUGUAGUAAAAUUGCAAUAGUUCCUCCCACACAUGUCACCAGAAAUAGGUAAAAUGAAUGGGCUCAUUUGUGUGUAUUGUAAUACUUUCAAACCAUUACACUUGCGACACCGUUGACCGAACACGUGAGUCUUGUGGGUACAUUUGCAUCUGCCCACUGAAUUCCCUGCAGUUAUUUCUGGUGGUAAGCUGGUGUUGGUGUGCGUACCAGGCAGUGUUUGAACAUGUGAUCAUGGCUUCAGUAGUUUACCUGUACCUGGCAGAUACCACGUCCAUACAAAGCAAACAGCAGUUAGAUAUGGAUCCUCUCUGAGUUGUUGAGCACUGUGGUGACUAGGUCCGCUGCAGCUCGUUUCCCUUACAUUUGCUUAUGCACAGUGAUUUCAAAAGG